GACACUUGUGGUGGUGGUGGUGUGCACAAGAACAAGAACAACAACAACCAUCCCCAAAUCUAUGGCUAGCUCGAAUAUUGGGAUCAGCAACCACAUUUUACCAAACUCUGGGUGACAUCGUCAUGUGUAUAAUUAUGUUACUAGUUAAACUCAAUUGUGGACUGAUAACGAGUGAGGAUGAUGAAGAUUCCUGUGAGAGGCAACUAUCUAUCACAUGUGUGAACUAUAUAACUCUUUUACGUCGAUUACGAUUGUGGGACUUGGCUACAUCAUUCACCAAUGCAUGUGCGGCAUAUGAGGACAUCGCCGGAGUCAGCCACGCGGGUACAGGUGUGAAAACACGUUGUACAUCAUGCGGCAAGGAAUGUGUCAUAGGCUCUGAUAAAGCACUGUGCAGCCACUGUCAUAAGAAUAACAGAACAUGUGUCGUAUGUGGCGAGAAUGUGAAAGGGUUGUGGCUGGCGUGUCAAGUAUGCGGUCAUGGCGGCCAUGCUGUUCAUAUGAAUGAUUGGUUUACUUCCCAGAAGUAUGAUAUUUGUCCGUCGCCUAAUUGUGGUCACGUUUGCACUCCGACCGUAGCACAUCGCAAUUCUGCCCCUUUGACGAAGUGCUAAUUAUGUCUAUCCAUCCAGGGUGUUACUGUUAUUAGUUGGCGAAUUAUCACAUAAACUCACUUAUAAAUUGAACAAGGGAGAAGCUUCAAAUCAAGGCACUUCCGCUCCCCCACACCAUCCCUAUCGUGCCAUCUAAACACCUGAGCAAUCCACACAUCGGCUAUAUGGUGUUAUUCAUACUCACAGUCAUCUGACGUGGUAUCAACUCGCCGCCUAAU